CUCGGCUCCUCCUGUGCGCGCAGCUAGGCUGGAAGGGCGCGAGCGGAACGCCGCCCGCCGGGACGGCGCAUGCGUGUGCGCGCGCGCGCCCGGCUCGCUGCGUGCCCACGCCAGCCUGCGCUCGACCCCGGAGGCGGGAGUUUCUCCUCGCGGCUGCUCGGCGUGGGGGCGGGGUGCGCGAGAGCCUGGCUGGUGCAGCACGCCUGAGAGCUCUUGGGGUUGACGAGUACAGCUGAGAUGGAGGCAUGCAGCGCCCGGACGCCUGCCAGGGAGGGUCAGGAGAGCCCGCUUCGUGGGGGCUGCGACGGGCUAGUCCCCCGAGAAGAGCUGAAGCCGGCGGGAAUAAGUCAGAGUAAACAACACUGCCAACUUGACAGCCAAGAAACAAAUGGAAAGAAACCCAUCGUCUCCAGUACAAGUGAUUUCAGUGACCCAGUUUACAAAGAGAUUGCUGUUACUAAUGGUUACAUUAAUCGAAUGAGUAAGGAAGAGCUCCGAGCUAAACUUUCAGAAUUCAAACUUGAAACCAGAGGUGUGAAGGAUGUCCUCAAGAAGAGGCUUAAGAACUACUACAAGAAAGAGAAGUUGACCCAGCAGCGGGAGGAUGGUGUCAUCGCUGACGGUUACUAUGACUACAUCUGUGUCAUUGACUUUGAAGCCACCUGUGAAGAGGGCAAUCCCCCCGAGUUCACUCAUGAGAUCAUUGAGUUUCCAAUUGUCUUACUGAACACUCACACCUUGGAAAUAGAAGACACCUUCCAACAGUAUGUGAGGCCAGAGAUUAACACACAGCUUUCUGACUUCUGCAUCAGCCUUACAGGAAUUACACAGGAUAUGGUGGACCGAGCUGCCACUUUCCCACAGGUGCUUCGCAAUGUGGUGGAGUGGAUGAAGCUGAAGGAGCUAGGAACCACAUAUAAGUACUCCAUAUUGACAGAUGGUUCAUGGGAUAUGAGUAAGUUCCUGAAUAUUCAGUGUCAAAUCAGCAGGCUCAGAUACCCUUCUUUUGCCAAAAAGUGGAUCAAUAUUCGAAAGUCAUAUGGAAACUUUUACAAGAAAUGGCUCGUGGUUAUCUGCCUGAUAUGUCCUCAGACAUUACUUUUCAUUUCCCAGAUUGGAAGCAAGUGAGCUGCUCUAGCCACCAUGGCCCUCCCUUCUGUGCUUUGGCUGCCCAGACAGAGUGGUGACUUCAGGAUGGAAAGUGUGGGGAGUAAAAGGGAAUAGAUUAUAGUUUGAGCAUAUGGAGCAUUGAUCCCCCAUAGUCUUCAGCCUAGCUCCUGUUACUCCAUGGAUGCCUGCCUCAGAUGCUUCAGAGUCUUCCAGGUUCCUGCCCUGGGAGACAAGGGGAGGAUGGGGAAUGGGAGUGGAAUUAUCAGAUGCUGCCUUCAUUUUCUUGUCAGCUCAUGGGGCCAUUUUAGUUUCAGGGUCACCAGGUGACCUGUUACUGUAAAUGUCCUCUUCAAAAACCAGACUCCAAAAAGGCAUUCAGCAACUGGAUGUUGGGGCCCUUUGGCUCUUGGCAUGGCUGACUCGGGACUGGAUUUGACUGUUGUUAUGGAUGUCUGGCUCCAGUCCUGUUCACUUGCCCUUGAUUUAGCCCCAUUCAAAAAGAAAGAAGUUACUGUUGUUCCUGUUAGAGAUUGGGUGUGUAUAACACACCCAUUACCUCAUCAUGAAUUCAUUUUUUUGUGUCUUACCUUCCUGGCUCAACUCCCCAGGGGUUGUACUUCAGUACAUCCCUUUCUGUAGUUUUCCUGAGCCCUAAAGGCAGGGUCUUGGUAGUGCUGGUAGCAACUGGUGCUGCUGGUGAGGAGAGCCAGGAAGGAUCCAUUUCAUCACCUUUGGCUUUCCCUCCUCCUGCUUUUGACAGUCUGGUGAGGCGGUGAGUGCCACUGUUUGUUGGGGAUGUCCUCAGGAGCUGCGCUUGGUCUUGAGUGGCUGGCUGGUAAGGAGAGCGGGCAUAUGCUGGCUCAGGGCCUUUCUGGGUUCUUUGAGUCUCCUUAGCACUUCGGACCAGGGGAGCUGGCUCGUACAGAUUCCUCUCCUCCGUCCUUCCAACCAGAUUCCCCAUGCAGGUGCAGCUUCUCUCCCUGGGAUUUGAUAUUGAGAUUAUCCUUCACAUUAUUUCCUCUGGAGAUCUGGGAAGAAUUCAGAUCUUAGACCCUGUUUUUCUUAGGAUCAGUUUUCCUUCUGGGGUAGAACUGUCAUUUGAACAUUUGAAUUGAUGAUGUUGGAGACAUUGCUUGACCGUCCCAAUCCAACAGAUACUACACAGCUCAGUGUAGUUGGGUUCUUUCCAAAGGACCUGGCACGGUGCCAGCCUGUGCCUUCCUGUGUUUGUCAUUGUGUUUACAGUGCCCCAUAACCUUGGCAAAUAUAAUGCUAUUGAGUGUUCUACUACUUGUUCCCUCUCAUUUACGCCUGCAAGUAUUUUUAUAAAAUGCAUUUUUAAUUGUUCUUUUGAGAUAUAUUCCCAUCAGUGAAAUGAUUGGCUUAAAUGGGGGUGGAGAUUGAUAGGAUGAAUUCUUACUUUUUGAAGAAUUCUGUCAGAUUUCCUUCUGCAAAGAUUCUACCACCAUGCAAUACCAUUAUUACUGUAUGAGUAAUGUAUUGAAAUCACCUGUCCAGCAGCAUUGAGUUUUUGCUGUUGUUUUUUGUUUAAAUUUUCCACCGCCUGCUUUAAUGGGUGUGAGGUGCUACUGUGCUCUAAUGUAUACCCAGGGCAUUUUAGAAGACUUUCUAUUUGGUGUACAUGGGGGCUUUUCUGAUCGGGUCAGCGCAGGUUCUUCCUCUGCCCAUACAGAUUGCCCUUUUUCUAUCCCUUCCCAUUUGGUGUAAUUCUCAUCCGUAGUUCUCUACAAAUUCUUCUUAAGGAGGAUGUGUCCAAUACCUCAUUCUGUUUUAGUUUGGUGUUUUUAGGCCCCCAUGAAGCCCAAGGGCUCUUUUUGUCUUGCUGCUUCAUAAAUAUAUAAACUUAGCUAUUUGGAACAUCUCAUUCCCUGGAAUAACUAUUGGUUGAAAUGAAUUUGUUGAAGGUUUUGGCUAAUGCCCAAAGCUUGGAUGUAUUCUGUGCCUAUUUGCUUGUGUUUCUUUGUUUCCCACCUAAGAAACUUUACAGGCUGAGGAAGGUCCUAGGCCCAACUGGCCUCAGAUUUACGUGCGGGGAUCAAGAUAGCAUUCUAGAGUUUUAAAUUGUUCCAGGUGUUCUUUUGGAGUGAGCCCUUUAAGCAUGUGGCAAAUAAUCCAAUGUGCUUUGUUCCCAGGUUCCUCGGAACCAGACCAAGCUGACCAUCAUGCUUGAAAAGCUGGGGAUGAGUUAUGACGGCCGGCCCCACAGCGGCCUUGACGACUCCAAGAACAUCGCCCGCAUCGCAGUGCGCAUGCUCCGGGAUGGCUGUGAGCUGCGGGUCAAUGAGAAGAUGCAUGGGGGGCAGCUCACAAGCGUGUCCUCCUCUUCACCUGUAGAGGGCGCCCCAGCCCCACAGAUGCCACAUUUCCGAAAUUAACAAGGUUCAUUGCCUCCUGGAAGGUAACCCACAGCCUGGGUUGCUACCAAAAGUUAACAGAUGGUCAAUCAUUUCAUUGAACUAACUCUACGAUGCAAAAGUCAAGCACCUUAGACAUUUUAAAGUUUUAUUACAGAUAUAUAUGCAUAUAUGUGUAUUUUGUUGAACAAAUAUAUAUGUAUAUAUGUGUGUGUGUAUAUAUAUUUGUUGAACAAACAGCAAAUGGAGGGAGUAUUUGAAUUCAAUGCCACCAGCACUUUUAGUUCUUAAAGUAUUGUUAAAUGAUUCUCAUAUGUGUAUGUGUGUGUGUAAGAGUAUACAUUGGCUCACACACACAGACAUAUAUAUGUGUGUGUGUGUGUAUAUAUAUAUAUCUGUACGUUCCUUUGGAGGUAAGCUUGAAUAUUUGAGGAUACGAGGUGCCCAGUCUGUUUUCUGGUAUAUUUGUCCAGUUCUUAGCCCCUGUGGACUCAUUCUCCCAGGGAAGCACCUCAUCCCUGUGGUGUUAGGCAUAUUCCUCUGACAGCAUCUGACCACUAGUGUCCUGGACUGAGAGGUGGCAGAGGUCGGGAAUGUGCUGGCAUGUUCAUUCAUCAGCUUACUGCUAGAGUUAGAAGAAGACCAGCCUCUCUGUGUGUAGUUGGACAAAAUCAGGUCUGGUCAGAGGAUCUGAUUAAAAAAUUUUCUAAUUAGUGCAGGUUACUGAAAAGUGGAAAAUGUAGUUUGGGGGAAAUCAUAGAAAACAUAACAUUGAACUUCUUUUACAGUUUUUAUGAGGAUUAGGUUUUAGGUUUUUUUUUCCCCUGCCACAUAGCUGUAGGCUGAAAGUUUAUGAAGAAACCAAGUAAAUAAUAAGUGGGUAGGUACUUUUCAAGAAUUGCUUAUCAGAAUAGUCUUAAAAAUCAAGUGUCACCAUUCAUGUUCAUUACAACAAAGGAGAAUAAAGUCAAGUGAUACAUUCCACCACAUUUUAUGUUUUUAUGAAAGAGCACUGAAGGAGACUGAUGAACUUGUAGAAUUCGAAGGUCCUUAGAGACCAUUUAGAAUAGUCCCUUGUUCUCUCUAGGUAAGGAGACAGGCUCAGGAAGCCUCAGACUGGACAACUUCUCAGUCCCCUCUCAGCACUCUGUAAUGUAUAAAAAAACCAAACCAAACCUUGUUGGACACCAUCAGAUUUGUCUUCGGUAUAUGUUAGAUAAACCUUUGAAUUGCCCACUAUGUGUUAAACAGUGAUCAUUGAUAUGGGAGCAAGAAAUAGUUCUUAUUCACUCCAAAGAAAAUACAUUCUGCCAGUGGACAAAGGAAGACGUUUUACCUAGAAGCAAAAAUCUUGUUUGGAUGUAUUUAGAGACUGCUCUUCUCAUUGCUUCUUCCUGGAGCCCAACUUCUUUAAUGUUUUUUAUAUGAAAAUAUUGGGCAUUCCCCACAAGAGGCAUAUGAGACUCAUGGGCAGAGAUGAGCUUGGGUAUCCCAUGUUUUUAGGGGAGUCCUCAUCACUUGCCAAGUAGUUGAUGAUGAAAAGAGCUGCUCUGGCUGAAGUGUGACUAACUUCCCUGUAUUUUUUGUUUUGUAUGUUUUCAAGGUGGGUACAUUUGCUCAGUAUUUGACAUACAUUAGCGACUUGAGUCAUUGAGGCAUUCUUAGCCUACUACAUUGUGUUAUGUUUUUAUUCUUUUAACUUGAAGUAUGCCCCUUAUUUAAAGACCUCUUAGUAAGUAUACAAGGGUGUGCUUGAUCAUAUGCUUAUUUGUUUUGCCUUUGGGGCAAUAGUGUACAGUUCCCUUAAAAGAUGGGUUGAUGGGGUCAUGGCCCAGAACAUUGGAGCAUGGUGUAUGCUACAUUUCUUUAGAAAACCUGAUGUAGGUGAACUGUGAAAGUGAUUGAAUCUCAGUGUUGGGAGUUUAUUUCCUUUCCCUUUUGAAAAUGCCGCCCCCGUUUCGAGGGGUCCUUUCUUUUUGUCUUGGUCGGAAUGCUGAUAUCUUUAAAAGUCACUGCUGUUAUCGCAUGCACCUCUCUCUUAGGCUCCAGAAGGUCAUGCUCUGUCUCUGCUUUGCCGGCCAAACCCAAUAUUGAUUUUGUUUUGAACACCAUGUACCCUCCCAACCUCUUUGGGAGCUGCUGUUCUCUUGGCCUUUUCUGCCCAAUAGGAUUUCCUUAGUUGGAUGACAAGAGCCCCCUCAAGCCCCUCCUUAUUAACAGUCAGGGCUGUUUUUAGUUUGACACUCUGGGAAGUCUGGAGCUUGGGCUGCUCAUCUGAGUUUGUUCAGUUUUGUGGUGUGGUGGUGGCAGCAUCCCUUUUUUCUCACUGGUAGCUCAUUAAUACCUAAGGUUUAUUUCAAGGGAAGGUAGAGUCGACAAAUGCCUUUUUUAGUGUUCCAGGCAUGCAUCUUAUCGGCAUUGCAAGAAGAAUCUUUUUAUUUUUGUUACCUUUUUGUGAAUGGCCUUUUCACUUGAUUUUCCUUUGAGGCAUCUAUAGUUGACUCUGCUUGAAAUUCCUGUUAAUUCUUGUCUCUUUUAGACCAGUGGUUUAUUACUUUUCUGUUUGGUUCAAGCCAGCAACCACUGAGCCAAGCGCUGAGUAACCCACCACUAUAGCUUGUCUGUUCUGCCCUCUGGUACUUCAGUGAUUGGGUGACUAUCCAGACUAAAGACCUCAAAUUAGUUCUUUUACAGACUUCCUCUUCUGUUACUUUCUCUAUGACCAAAGUGCCUAAAGGGAGCAGUAACCGAUGUGUGUAUAAAGAGGGCCAGUGGAGCCUCCCCUCCAGCUGACCUGACCUGAACCACAAGAAUCCCCAGCAGGUUGGAUUCCAAGAGUAGAAGCACAUCACCCAAACCCUUUCAACUCUGAGAAGAGAGGCAGGUAGGCAGGUGAGGAUCCUGGCCAGAAUUCCCAGGAUGGGAUCAUGAAGUUGGAGAAGGGGCUUAAUUGAAGAGGACCAAGCAUAAAAAAAUGUGGGGAGAGCAGUGUAACCAAAGAGCUUCCUUACCCACCCCUUGAUACUAUUUGCCUUGGAGACCUACCUGUUUUCUUGUAUUCAUUUGUCUUCAGUUUGUUAAACAAUGUAUUGCUGUUAUCUUGAGGGAGAGGGAGGGCCAGGGUGGGAGAGGAAGAGAUUAUGGAGAGGAUGGAAUUAAUACACUUUGUUCCAGAAUAAAAUCAUGCACCUUUUGUUAUCUUA